AUGCCGCUACCGUCUGCGAACGCGGCUGCGUCGCUUCCAUGGGUGGAAAAGUAUAGGCCACAAACCUUGAAAGAAGUUGUUGGCAACGAAGAUGCCGUCGCACGCCUCCAGGCGAUUGCUAAAGACGGGAAUAUGCCUCACCUGCUGUUAACUGGUUCGCCCGGAAUAGGAAAGACGACUUGCGUGCUUGCGCUAGCUCGAGAGCUUCUUGGGGACUCCUUCAAGGAAGGAGUGCUGGAACUGAACGCCUCGGAUGAAAGAGGAAUUGAUGUCGUCAGGAACAAGAUCAAGAUGUUUGCUCAGCAGAAGGUCACGCUACCUCCGGGGAGACACAAGAUUAUCAUCUUGGACGAGGCGGACAGCAUGACUUCGGCAUCCCAGCAGGCCAUGAGACGCACAAUGGAGUUGUACUCUAACACGACCAGAUUCGCGCUGGCGUGUAACAAUUCUUCUGAAAUCAUCGAGCCCAUUCAGAGUCGAUGUGCCAUCCUGCGAUUUGCCAAGUUGUCAGACAAAGAACUUCUCAGCAGGCUCCAAGAUAUCUGUGAGAAGGAAGAGGUCUUGGCCUCCACGGAUGGCCUCGAAGCUCUCAUCUUCACUGCGGAUGGCGAUAUGCGACAAGCAGUCAAUUCGUUGCAGAGUACUGCCAAUGGGUUUGGAAUUGUAAAUCAAGAGUCAGUGUUCAAGGUUUGUGAUCAACCUCAUCCGAAAACAGCGAUUCAAAUCGUGAAAUCAUGCCUGACUGGAGACAUCAAGAACGCACACUCGAAACUAGAAGAUCUUUGGCAGCGGGGAUAUUCAGCACAAGACAUCGUGCAGACAAUCUUCAAGGUCACCAGGAACAUGGACAUGCCAGAGAAGAGUAAACUUGACUUCCUCAAGGAGAUCGGCAUCUAUCAUAUGAGGGUUCUUGAAGGAGUAGAUUCUCUUGUCCAGGUCUCUGGUCUCCUCGGUAAACUUUGUCUCUUGAAAGAAUCAAGCGCAGUGACAGCCUAA